GCAGGAAUCGCUUUUUUGGGAGUCCCUUGUUGUAUGACUUUUUAAAAUGAGAGAGAGCCAAGAAGUGGUAUUACACCGAAGUUCCAGGCUUGUCAUUUAGAGCCACUUUAAUUUUUGUUUGAAACCAUUUUGCGUGUUGUUUAAUAUAAAUACAUUUUAAAUAUUCCGCUCUAACUUUCGAAACGGUUCCGUUAAUUCCGUCAGAGGCGAAUUUCCAUUGAAAUCAAGUGGCUUUACUCUCGUUUAUCGGUUUUCCUUCCGUUCCUUCCUAUUGCUCGCUCGUUUUCCUUGAGUCGGUCUGUGAUAAAGUACGAAGUUUUCAAUUACGAAGCAGAAAGGAUACUCAGCCUAGCCGAAGAAUUGAAGCUGAAUUGUUGCGAGUUUUUGUUAUUACCUAGUUGAACCAGUAUUAGAUAACGCUAACCACUAACCAGCCCAUUAACAAACGUAAAACGCUACAUAUUCGUGAAUUAGACGUAGUGCAAAAAGAGUUUCAAUGCAACACUAAAGAGAAAUUACAUAACUGUUUUGUAACCUGUCCGAGUAAGAAAGUCGAGCCCAUCGAAGCAAAUCGCACGAAAUCUAAAGGCGCCCGAGCUUUUAGAUCGCAAAGAGAAUAAACGAAAUGGUAUACUAUUGUUAACUAAAUAAUUAUUAAUAACGCAUAUUCGUAUAUAACUGUUUCCGUAUAAAUGAGUGCAUUGAUAGUACCUAAAUGUAUCUGUUAUACACCUGCAAAAGGCGAGCCCACGAUAUGCCACACUUAGCUAUAUACCCGAGUACAUGUGUAGCCUGUUAAUGUUGUUAUUCACUGUAGUUGGAUGAAACCUAUAAGAAUAUUUAUUAACGAGCCAUCUGCAAAGUUGUUGACGUAGCCAAAUUAGUGCAAAUCCGAGGAAGGAUCGUUCUCUGCAGCUGAAAAUGUCCUCCUGAACACUGGAAACUAACCUCCUAGUUGUGCCUAUAGUGUCCUGUACAUACAUAUAUAAUAUCGAAACAGAUAAAGCUAAUAAACAGCAAAUAACGUAAGCGUUCGUAGCUGAACAGCAGAAAGAACUGAGUUCAGAGCUGCAAACUGUAGAAUUAACGAGCAUUAGUUGCCCCCAAUGUGCGUGUGUGUUUAUAACGAUAAUAACCAUUUGAACCGUAGAUAGUUCCUCUAGUGAGCACUCCAUCUGCAUCUGACAUCCGCUUCAGAAAGCCACCCCCAACUGACCGACCCAAGUAGCCGUCAUCCCCCAACCGGCCACUUGAACUCUUGUAGCUUGGACGCUUGAUAAUAGCCGAAACUAUCUAGAAUCUGUUGCCAUUACUUAACUUUAGAGAGAAAGCGAUCAGUGUCUAAUUAUGCCCGUUAAAUAUUUUCAGAGGAGAGUUAGCGGACCGGGUGCCUACGGGACCUCCUCCUGCAACAAUUCGCUCGGGGAAAAUUCGAGCGGUGGCGGUGGCGGUGAUCCUCAGCAACAGCAGCGACUAAGUCACCAAUUACUUCGACAGUCUCUGAUUAACCUCACGAGCGGUAACACAGUCCAAAGCGGUAGCGGCGGUUCAAGCGGUGGCGCUGGCGGAAGCGGUAGUGGCGCCAAUUACAACCUCCUGAAAUCGGCAUCGUGCAGUUGUGAAUCCUUCAAGCAAAUCAAGACAAAUAAAGUUUGUUUACGGAAUGAGACCGACAACGACAGGAAUAACUCGUCGAGUAGCGAUAAUAAUAUAAACGUUCCCGCGUCGUCCGACGUAUGUAGCGUUUGUAACGAUGACGUCAUAUCGUCGACCGGUACGCCGACGGGAAGUACGGGAACGACGGCAACCGCCGCUCAUCACGCUCGGUACGGGAAGUCCUUAUCCGCGCAUUACAGUGGUGCGAACCAGCAGUUAUACAGCAAGGCCAACAGCGCGAUUUUGGAUUACGCGGGAAUCCUAAACGGAGCGGGUAACGGCGGCAGUAGUAGUUGUGGCGGUAGUGGAACCGUUAGUGCCGGUGCCGGUGAUAGUUCAAGUAACAAUUUCCAGAAUUUGAACUACACUGACGCUCAUAUCUACUGCAAUUCGCAGUACAAGAACAUUGUCGCGCACAACCUCAGCAGCUCCGACCCAAUAACGCGCUACAGCCACUUGGACGAGGCAGACCCCAAUAGUUUGCUCCUCAAGAGCCACUACAGUGACUGCAAUAUCUACUCGAAACCGAGCCUCUACAGUAGUGGCGGAAAGUCCCAGCACGUGGUGCAAAAGACAAACAAUAUCUUCAAGAACAUCGCCAAGAGCCCCUCGUUCCUCAACGCCAACAAAAUCAAAGAACAUUCGCGGAAGUUACGCAAUUUCUCUCUGAAGGCGCGGAGUGGCGCGGACAAGAAGUACCCUAAAAGCCAGAUAAUCGUCAAAUCCAACACGGUCUCCGAUAACUCCCUGCAGCCCAGUGAUAAGUACUUGAGUCUCUAUUUGGACGAGAAGAGCGCCCACUCCAAGUCCUUGCUCGCGAACGGUAACGUGAAAACAUAUCCCGCCUGUCGGCCCCGUGUUAAGAGUGACUCGAAGGAUGCACGCGGUAGUAGUAGGAGCAAGUACAGUAAAAUCAACAAUAGUUGUAACAUAGGUCUCCUGAGCGAUUCGAUUCAGGGUCAGGUGAAUCAGUCGACCGGGAGCGGACCCCUGAGUGGUCUCAAGAACAGUCUUACCGAUAUCCAUCGACGCAAGACCGAGUUCAAUCGCCAGCUCAGUGCACCGAUUGACUCGACGGCGUCGCCGCGGCAACGCACCAACAGCAACAGCCCGACGAAGACUCCGCACCAUCAGCAUUGCUCGUCGGCCAAGCAAUCCGCUUCGUCGUCCUGCUGCUUCUCUUACAACAACAGUUUGAACCGACCGAACAAGAAACAGAAGAGCCUCAGGCUGAAUGGAAGGUUAUUGGGUACAGCAAGUUCAGAAUCAGUUAGAUGUUCAUAUUGUUCUAACUUCAACGAGAGUGAUCUUCGGGUGUCCGUGGAAAAUACAUGCACUGAUUCACUAGUGACAGCCAUUGACGAUGAAGCCUUACUAAUAUGCGAUCCAGGAAACGAAAUGGCAAGAACAAAGGUGCAUUUCGAUGACGUAUCACUCUACGGGACUCCAAAAGAGGAGCCAAUGCCUUCCAUACCGGUCGUAACCGAGAAAAUUUCUGCCAAUUUUCUAAAGAAUCAAUUGCAAUCAUGGUUCCAACCGACCGACAAUCGGCUGGCCAUGAAAUUAUUUGGCAGCCGAAAGGCCCUAGUUAAAGAACGUAUUAGACAGAAAACAUCUGGUCAUUGGGUUAUUCAUCCAUGUAGCUCAUUUAGAUUUUAUUGGGAUCUUUGCAUGCUUCUUCUUCUAGUAGCGAACCUCAUUAUCCUGCCAGUAGCGAUUUCGUUCUUCAACGAUGAUUUAAGCACAAGAUGGAUUGCCUUCAACUGCCUCAGUGAUACUAUUUUCUUAAUAGACAUUGUAGUCAAUUUUAGAACAGGUAUAAUGCAACAGGACAACGCAGAACAAGUGAUAUUGGAUCCAAAAUUAAUAGCCAAACAUUAUCUGAAAACCUGGUUUUUUCUUGACUUGAUAUCAUCCAUACCAUUGGAUUACAUAUUCUUGAUUUUCAAUCAAGUAAGCGAUUUUUCGGAUUCCUUUCAAAUUCUCCAUGCUGGCCGAGCCUUGCGUAUAUUACGCUUAGCUAAGUUACUUUCGUUGGUUAGAUUACUUCGUCUCUCUAGGCUCGUGCGCUACGUCUCACAAUGGGAAGAAGUCUAUAUUCUGCAGAAUCUACAAAAAAAAAGUGCUGAUCGAAGAGGAAGAAUGCACAGAAAAGAUAAAGAAGGCUUAACCAAAAGCAACCUCAUAUUGAAGUUCCUGAAUAUGGCAUCAGUGUUCAUGAGAAUCUUCAAUUUGAUUUGCAUGAUGCUGUUGAUAGGUCAUUGGAGUGGUUGCUUGCAGUUUCUUGUACCAAUGUUACAAGGUUUUCCGUCAAAUUCAUGGGUGUCAAUUAAUGAGCUACAGGAAGCAUACUGGCUGGAACAGUACUCCUGGGCUCUGUUUAAAGCAAUGUCUCACAUGUUAUGUAUAGGAUAUGGAAGAUUCCCACCGCAAUCGUUAACUGAUAUGUGGCUAACGAUGUUAUCAAUGAUAUCGGGAGCAACGUGCUAUGCACUGUUCCUGGGUCAUGCAACCAAUUUAAUUCAAAGCUUGGAUUCUAGUCGAAGACAAUAUCGUGAAAAGGUGAAACAGGUCGAAGAGUACAUGGCCUAUAGGAAAUUACCACGUGAUAUGCGGCAAAGAAUAACGGAAUACUUCGAGCAUCGUUAUCAAGGUAAAUUCUUCGACGAGGAGCUGAUUCUCGGCGAGUUAAGUGAGAAAUUACGAGAAGACGUUAUCAAUUAUAACUGCAGGUCCCUAGUUGCGUCAGUGCCUUUUUUUGCUAACGCAGACUCCAACUUCGUUUCGGAUGUUGUUACUAAGCUUAAAUAUGAAGUGUUUCAGCCGGGUGAUAUUAUAAUCAAAGAGGGUACGAUUGGAACAAAAAUGUAUUUUAUUCAGGAAGGUGUUGUUGAUAUUGUUAUGGCAAAUGGAGAGGUUGCAACCUCAUUAUCAGAUGGUUCAUACUUCGGUGAAAUUUGCCUAUUGACAAACGCACGAAGGGUAGCAAGCGUCCGAGCUGAAACAUAUUGUAAUUUAUUUUCGCUAAGUGUUGAUCAUUUCAAUGCUGUCCUGGAUCAAUAUCCGCUUAUGCGUAAAACAAUGGAAACAGUAGCUGCCGAACGUCUUAACAAAAUUGGAAAGAAUCCCAAUAUUAUGGCACAAAAAGACGAGCAGUUAAGCAAUCCAGAGUCAAAUACCAUCACGGCGGUAGUGAACGCAUUAGCGGCGGAAGCUGAUGAUUGUAAAGACGAUGAUGAUGAUGUUAAGGAUAACUCAUUAGAAGGCUCACAAAACAGUAUUGUUGAUGCCAGCCAGACAAUUCGAAAAGGACUUCCGCGGCCUAAAAGCGGCGAAUUUCGAGCCCUAUUCGAAGGAAGCACACCAUGACUCAAGGAACAUUGAAUUUAUAUAAAAUAGUUAGAGAUGUAAAACUUCAUUUAUGGUGAACAACUUUCUUAACUGAAGAUGUUUUCAGCUCCGCUAACUGUGAUGACUAUAUAAAAUAUUUAAGAAUCGAAUUAAUAGAACAGAAUACAGAGAUAUAAAAAAAAUUAACACAAAAAAUACAAAAAAUCAUCUCAUCUACACUACUACUAUUAGCAAUACUAUGACGACGACGAUUCUUGCAGAUAUUUAAAUUUUCCUCAUCGACAUUAGAGAAACCUCAUAAAAAGCAUGUGGUGUUUUUAUAUACUUUUGUUGUUUCAGUUUUAAAGUUUAUUUAAAAUUAUAUUUGUUAAAAAAAAA